UUUUCAGGAUUUUGAUAUUCAAGGGUCCAGAAGAUGCAGUUUGGACUGGUUGACGAUAGAAACAUACAAGAAUAUUGAAAGUUACAGAGCUUGUGGUUCCACAAUUCCACCUCCAUAUAUCUCUUCACAAGAUCAUGUCUGGAUCAGGUUUCAUUCAGACGACAGCAUCUCUAGAAAGGGUUUCAGACUGGCAUAUUUUUCAGGGAAAUCUGAGGAACCAAACUGUUCUUGUGAUCAGUUUCGUUGUGGUAAUGGAAAGUGUAUACCAGAAGCCUGGAAAUGCAAUAACAUGGAUGAGUGUGGAGAUAGUUCUGAUGAAGAGAUCUGUGCCAAGGAAGCUAAUUCUCCAACAGCUGCUGCUUUUCAGCCCUGUGCUUACAACCAGUUCCAGUGUCUUUCCCGUUUCACCAAAGUUUACACUUGCCUCCCUGAAUCCUUAAAAUGUGAUGGGAACAUUGACUGCCUCGACCUAGGAGAUGAGAUAGACUGUGACGUGCCAACUUGUGGGCAAUGGUUAAAAUAUUUUUAUGGUACUUUCAAUUCUCCCAAUUAUCCAGACUUUUAUCCUCCUGGAAGCAAUUGCACUUGGUUAAUAGACACUGGUGAUCAUCGUAAAGUCAUUUUGCGCUUCACUGACUUUAAACUUGAUGGUACUGGUUAUGGUGACUAUGUCAAAAUAUAUGAUGGAUUAGAGGAAAAUCCACACAAGCUUCUGCGUGUGUUAACUGCUUUUGAUUCUCAUGCACCUCUUACAGUUGUUUCUUCUUCUGGACAGAUAAGGGUACAUUUUUGUGCCGAUAAAGUGAACGCUGCAAGGGGAUUUAAUGCUACUUACCAAGUAGAUGGCUUCUGUUUGCCAUGGGAAAUACCCUGCGGAGGUAACUGGGGGUGUUAUACUGAGCAGCAGCGUUGUGAUGGAUAUUGGCAUUGCCCAAAUGGAAGGGAUGAAAUCAAUUGUACCAUGUGCCAAAAGGAAGAAUUUCCAUGUUCCCGAAAUGGUGUGUGUUAUCCUCGUUCUGAUCGCUGCAACUAUCAGAAUCAUUGCCCAAAUGGAUCAGAUGAAAAAAACUGCUUCUUUUGCCAGCCAGGAAAUUUUCAUUGUAAAAAUAAUCGUUGUGUGUUUGAAAGCUGGGUAUGUGAUUCUCAAGAUGACUGUGGUGAUGGGAGCGAUGAGGAGAACUGCCCAGUAAUUGUGCCUACCAGAGUCAUAACUGCAGCCGUCAUAGGGAGCCUUAUUUGUGGCUUGUUACUCGUCAUUGCACUGGGAUGUACUUGUAAGCUUUAUUCUCUGAGAAUGUUUGAACGAAGGUCUUUUGAAACACAGUUGUCAAGAGUGGAAGCAGAAUUGUUAAGAAGAGAAGCCCCUCCCUCUUAUGGACAAUUGAUCGCUCAGGGUUUAAUACCACCAGUUGAAGACUUUCCUGUUUGUUCGCCUAAUCAGGCUUCUGUUUUGGAAAAUCUGAGGCUAGCUGUACGAUCUCAGCUUGGAUUUACU